AUGCGGAAGCUGACGUCGAAGACACGACCGGGAUGGGUCGCUGCGCAGAUGCGCCAUUGCAGCAGCAGCGAGAAGAGCAGCAGCCGCAGUGGCACAACAGCGUCCUCUUCCACUGCCCCCCACCCUUCACCGUCUAGUUCUAAAACUACCGAUGCCGCCACCUUCCAAAAGGCGCCGCUGCACCCCGUCCACGCCGAAAACGACGACAUUGCGAACCGCGUGGCGGCAGGACGCUCCCCGCACCUCAACACCGCCUAUCAGUCAAAGUGGCGGCGCACGGCGGCUGCCUCCACCACCACAGAUGGCGGACCGCACAGAAGUCCACGCCAGCGUGUACGACAGACGCAAUCAUCCAAGCGGCGUGCUACCACCUUCGCCGACGACACCGGCGCAGGGGCCUCAGCGGCAGACAACCGCAGCAGCACCGCCACCACAAAUCUCCCGAUGGUGCACCCCGGUGCGGAGCUCCCACCGCUGCCGCAAGGGCGACUGACCGAGAAGCGGGUGGGUAAGUUCUCAUUCGUGUCCGACCCGAGCGAGCGGGCGAGCCGUGACUUCUACGGCCACGAGGUGCCCAACAACACGCCCAAGGCGAGGCUGCCCAUGUGGGCCUCCAGCCUGACGGCGCCGUCGCUGGGGAAGGUGCGGUUGGUGCCGGAGACAUGGACCUCGCAGGACGCCCGCGGCACGAUCGACGCGGUGACCACCGCAAAAUUCGUGGCGUGGCUGACGGACACCGUGCUGCCGGCGGGUGCUGCGCUGCGGGAGCAGCUGAACACGAGCGUUCUGCUGGACCUGCGGAGGGCGACGGCGCGUGGGGUGUACGCGAGGAGGACGUUUUCCAAGGGCGAGGUGGUGCUGACUAUUCCGGUGAGCACGGCAUCCAGUGCCCCUACUUCUGCCGCCGCUGCCACUGCUCUUGGGCAAACCUCGUGGAACACCCCGUGGUUGACGCUGAACAGCGAAGUGCUUGCUGCCCAUUCCACCGGCGCACGCAGACGACCUGGCCUGCCGGAUUAUGAGGCGAUCAAGCAGGUGCUCUCGGUGCGUCGCUCCUCCUUCGACCCGAUUCCACACCCCAUGUUUAUCGAUCAGGUACACGCGGCGCUACUGCUGGCCUGCGAGAAGGCGGAUGGGCCGUCGAGUCCGCUGCACCCCUACAUCCAGCUCCUGCCGGCUGAGGAGCUUUUUGAUGAUGAGCGAAUCAAGGAGCUGCACCUGGGUGUGCUGGAUCCACCGACGCACAUGGAGUACACGGAGCACCGCAGUCGCUUUCAGCACUAUCUGCGUGAGCUGCAUAAGGCGUGGUGGAAGUCGUACGAGAACGCCGUGACGGCGCUGCAGGGACAGACGCAGCAGGUGUCCGAGGGUGCCGCAACGAGUCCUACAAGCGCAGCGUCGUCUUUGGGCUACAACGCAACGCUGCCCCUCACCUCGAGCAAGGUCGUCAUCGUCGGUGCUGAACGGACGGCGGCUGUCACGGCGGCUGACGUGUCGACCCGACCCACCGACAUCCCAGAGCACCGUACGGCGGUGGACGUGAUACCAAACACGUCGUUGCCUUCGUUGUUGCCGCCGCCUUCGUUGGAGGACGUGGAGUGGGCCUUUCGCGUGGUGCUGUCCCGGCAAAAAAUGCUGCCUCACUUACGGGUCGACCGACAAGCCUUUGAGCGUGUUCAGCAGGAGAGUGCAGAGGGCGACGAGCUGGACGGCUUUGGCAGAGCACUCAUGAAGUGCAAGUACGCGCUCUAUCAGCACGUGCUGCGUGCGGUGGAUGCCGAUCGACUACACGUAAAUGAGGUGGAUCCGUCGUCCAUUCCGACGGUGGUGCCGCUGCUGGACAUGCUGAGUCACCCCCCGAGUGGCGUGGGGAACGUGCGGUACAGCGUAGAAGAAGUGCAGCGGCAGCCCGUUAAAGAAGGCGGUACUCGCAACGAUGGGGCAUUCGACAAGGCGACCUCAAGCACAGCGGCAGUGGAUGACGACAGCCAUCCUUGUCGAACUUUUCAAGUAGUUGUACGAGCUGCGGAGAACAUUGACGAGGAUGAGGAGCUCACGGUGGCCUAUACAAAGUGCUACAGUGUGGCGUACACGUUGUACCGCUACGGAUUUCUGCCGCUCAGCCGCCGAGAAGACGACACAGCGGCGCUGCUGAUGGCGAAUGGAAUGGAUGGGAGGCUCCAGCCAACGCGACGUGCUUUGAGGGCGACAGCGGCGCCGCUGACCCAAAAGUGGUGGGCUUCGUUGAUCAGCAGAUAA